AUCCCAACUACUGUAUCUCCUACCUCUGAAGCAACAUCACCUCCAGUUCCAGGAGAUAUAGAGAAUGUGAGCAGACCCAGCUGUGGUGUCCUGGAGUGGGAUCCUCCAUCUACCGGCAGCGAGGGACUCACCUACAAGUAAGGUUCUACAGGCGGGCAGAGUUUUCGGUCAUCUCCCUCUUCUCAACGGAGAGUUCUGGCCUCUUCCACCAACUCUCUGAGCU